AUGGCCAAGAAGAAGGGGAAGAAGGGAAAGAAGGGCAAAAAGGGCAAGGUCGAUUGCAAGCUGCCAAUCACCGAUGCGAUGCUCCAGCAACCCAUGACUCCCCCAGUAAUGGAUGAUUGCGAUGGCUGCUGUCAGUGUGAGUGCGUGUGCGAUUGUGACUGCAGUCCGGAGAUUGCGCCGUGCUUCCUGCAACCGCGUCGCGCCGAACCGGGACCCGAGGCCUAUGAAGAGUUCGAGGCCUGCCUCAAUGGCAGCGGCCUGACCAUUCGCGUCCUCAAGGACACCCACAAGGUGGAGACCGUGGACGAUGGCAGCAACUUCAAUCCCGAUCUGGGUGCCGACGAUGAUCCCUGCUACCGCAACAGCAUCGACGACUGCGAACCGAAGAAGGACCCCUGCCUGCACGAGCUCCUGCAGCGUAGCGCCUUUGCCCGGAACCACAUAAGACGCCGAACGGGGGGCAAGAUCAUCAAUCACCCCAAGAUCCCCAAGGUGCGGGCGAACAUCAAGUAUUCGGGCAACGAUGCCUGCGAGACGGACAACUAUUAUGUGCCCUUCUCGAAGAUCAAGGAGGCCUGCGACUUCCAGGACGAUCGCAGGGAAUGCUAUCGUCAGCGACUCUGCGGUGGUGGGCCGCCCAUGGUGCCCGCCUGUCCGCCCUCACAGAACCAAAGGAGCUGCUGCAUGCAGGUGGACCACAAGGACAUACAGCAGACAAUGAAGGGCGUGAAUAUGGAUACCAAAAAGAAGGGUAUCGAGGUGUGCUACAAGACCUGCGACGAGACGGACAGCGAUGUGUUCCUCGUGAAACUCGGCAGCAAAGCCAAGUCGCGCCACAAGAAGAACGUCAUCGAGAUUGAGCUGCGUACACCAAAGCAGCCAGUGAUCCUGCCCAGCAAUAAGGUCACCGCCGAGACCUAUGUCACCGAGGAGCUACUGAAUGCCGGCGGUGGCAAGAAGGGCAAGGGCAAGGGAAAGGGCAAAGGCAAAGGGAAAAAGAAGAAGUAGAUGGAAUCCUAUCUGCAACCCAACUCAACCGGACUUGACCAGAUCUACAGGAUUGACAACCUUUUUGAAGGAUCAUCCCACACACACACACACACACACACCAGAGAGAUUCCCAUUCAAAAUUCCAGCAGCUUUUUCCAAUUUCAAUUUCCAGUUUUCAAUUUGGCAUCCCAAAAACAUUCCACUCUACUCACAUUUUCUUUUGGCAUUCAUAUUUCGGAAAAGAAUUAAACAAUAAAUGUGAACUUUAGAAUUAAAA